UUGAACUCCAAAAAACACAGAAAAAAACACAGAGUAAAUAAACACCCAGAACACACUACUGAUUUCACUGAAAAGAAAUGGAACUUCAAAGUGGUUUUCCAUUACAGAUUCAACAGUUCAAAGCCCGCUUCAAGAAAAACUUCCUACUUUCUUGGAGGAGCAAGAGGUCCACAUUUGUUUCCUUAUUUUCAUCCCUCUUCUUCAUUUUCCUUCUCUUCUGCAUCCAAAAGGCCAUUGAUGCUCGGUAUUCGGGCAACACGAGUUUCAAGAACGUUUUCGAUCCCAAGCCUUUAGCAGGGCUUGCAAUUCCACCCUGUGAGGACAAGUUUUAUGCCAAACUACACUGUUAUGAUUUUCUCUGGAGUGGAAAUGAUAGUCAAAGGAUCGCUGGCAUUGUUCAGAAGAUUAUGGAUAACAAUCCUGGACGACCAAUCCCUUCAACCAAGGUUCAAUCAUUUAAGACAAGAAGUGAAGUUGAUGAAUGGCUACUCAAUCACCCCAUGCAUUGUUCUGGAGCUCUGCAUUUUAUGGAAAUAAAUUCUAGCGUUAUCAGUUAUGGCAUACAAACAAACUCCACUCCAUUAGCUAUGCGAGGAAAUUACGAGGAUCCUACUUUCAAGUUCCAAAUUCCAUUUCAAAUUGCUGUGGAGCGUGAAAUAGCUCGUUCUCUAGUUGGAGAUAAAAAAUUCAGUUGGCAGGUCAGUUUGAAGGAAUAUGCACACCCUGCAAUUACAAUUUUCUCCGCAUUAGGUACAGCAGGGCCAACUUUUUUCUUUGCUAUUGCCAUGUUUGGCUUUGUGUUUCAAGUCAAUGCAUUGGUGACAGAGAAAGAACUCAAGCUUCGCCAGGCCAUGACAAUGAUGGGACUCUAUGACACUGCCUACUGGUUGUCUUGGGUUGCUUGGGAGGGUAUUAUCACUCUGCUUUCAUCACUACUGACAGUUCUUUUUGGAAUGAUGUUUCAAUUUGACUUUUUCCUCAACAACAGCUUUGGGGUUGUGUUCCUUCUCUUUUUCCUCUUCCAAUUCAAUAUGAUUGGUUUUGCCUUUCUAUUGUCUGCGUUCAUUAGCAAGACAUCUUCAUCCACAAGUUCCGGAUACUAUAUUUUCGUUGUUGGUACAAUAACUCAGGUAGUUACAGUGUUUGGAUUUCCAUACAGUCAUAACUUCCAGAAUUUUUUUCGAAUCAUUUGGUCUUUCUUUCCACCAAAUCUUCUAUCUGAGGGCCUUCAACUGCUCUCUGAUGCUACUGCAACUCCACAAGACCCUGGAAUUAGCUGGAGUGGAAGGUCAAAAUGUGCACCAAAUGACACAGAAUGCGUGAUAUCAAUUAAUGAUAUUUACAUAUGGCUUAUAGCAACAUUCUUCCUGUGGCUCAUAGCUGCAAUCUACUUUGACAACAUUAUGCCCAAUGCAAAUGGGGUGAGAAAAGCAUCGUUUUACUUCUUGAGUCCUCGGUACUGGACGGGAAAAGGUGGAAACAGAGUGGAAGAGGGUGGCGUUUGUAGCUGCACGAGGUCAAAUCUUCCCGCAGAGAAUAUAAUACCAGAUGACCAAGAUGUCCUGGAAGAGGAAAACCUUGUUAAACAGCAGGCAGCAGAAGGUUUGCUUGAUUCAAAUGUUGCAGUUCAGCUACGUGGUCUCGCGAAGACAUUUCCUGGUGUGAGAAGAAACAUCUGUUGUUGUAAUUGCAAGAGCUCUUCAGCUUUCCAUGCUCUCAAGGGUUUGUGGCUGAACUUUCCAAAAGAUCAGUUAUUUUGUCUACUUGGACCGAAUGGAGCAGGAAAAACUACUGCUAUCAAUUGCUUGACUGGUAUUACCCCAGUUACCAGUGGAGAUGCAUUGGUGUACGAAAAUUCCAUCCGAAGUUCCACAGGCAUGUCAAACAUUCGAAAGAUGAUAGGAGUUUGUCCUCAGUUUGACAUUCUUUGGGAUGCAUUGUCCGGCAAAGAGCAUCUCCACCUUUUUGCAACUAUCAAAGGCCUGACCCCUGCCUCAAUCAAAUCUGUUGUGGAAAGAUCAUUAGCAGAAGUUAAACUUACUGAGGCAGCCAGAAUGAGAGCUAGCAGCUAUAGUGGCGGAAUGAAACGGCGUCUUAGCGUUGCCAUAGCCCUGAUUGGUGAACCAAAAUUGGUUGUAUUAGAUGAACCGACAACUGGUAUGGAUCCUGUAACUCGAAGAUAUGUCUGGGACAUAAUUGAAGAUGCAAAAAGAGGUCGUGCAAUCAUUCUGACUACUCAUUCAAUGGAAGAAGCUGAUAUCUUGAGCGAUCGAAUAGGAAUUAUGGCAAAAGGAAGGCUUCGCUGCAUCGGGACUUCAAUAAGGUUAAAAUCAAAGUUUGGAACUGGCUUUGUUGCUAGCAUAAGUUUUUCAGGGGCCACUUAUGGAACUCCAAACAACAGAGAAGAUAAUGUUACUGCGACACAAGUUGAAGCAGUGAAACAGUUCUUUAAAGACCAUUUAGAUGUGGUACCUAAAGAGGAGAGCAGGUCUUUCCUGACCUUUGUAAUUCAGCAUGACAAGGAAAAGCUCCUGAAGAAUUUCUUUGCUGAGCUCCAAGAAAGAGAGAGAGAAUUUGGUAUAGCAGACAUCCAACUUGGUCUUACAACUCUUGAAGAAGUAUUUCUGAACAUCGCCAAGCAAGCAGAGCUGGAAACUGCUAUAGCUGAAGAAAGAUACGAAACUCUGACUUUAAACUCCGGCACAUCUAUCCAAGUACCUGUAGGAGCUAGAUUUGUUGGAAUUCCUGGAACAGAAACUGCAGAAAAUCCUAGAGGUACCAUGGUUGAAGUAUAUUGGGACCAAGAUGACACCGGAGGCCUCUGCAUUUCUGGUCACUCUGCAGAAAGUCCAAUACCACCUCAUGUUGAAGCAAGACCAUCAGCAGUCACAUCUCGUAGAAGAAUUUUAGGCCGAUCAGGACAAGUUUAUGGAUUUCUAAUUGAUCCUGAUCAAAUCAAUCAUGUAAACUCUUAGUAAUUCUUUGUCAAAUGCAAAACAUUAUACAUGCUACAUGCUUGUAUGUGUCUUGAUGUGUUUCAUUUGAGUUAGGAUUUUGUUUCAAUAACUUAUUACAGCUUAUAAGA